AUGACCACCACUCACAACGAUACCGAAACCCAGGGCGCCCUUCGCGACGUCCGCGUCGUCGAGUUCGGCCAGUACAUCCCCGGACCGCUGCUCGGCAUGCUUCUCGCCGAGCAGGGCGCCGACGUAAUCAAGGUCGAACGUCCCGGCGGCGACCCGGCCCGCACCGAGCCCGCCUUCGCCACUUGGAACCGCAGCAAGCGCUCCGUCGAGCUCGACCUCAAGUCCGCCGACGGCCUGGCGCAGGCCCAGGAGCUCAUCAACUGGGCCGACGUCCUCAUCGAGAACUUCCGACCCGGCGUCGCCGACCGCCUCGGCAUCGGCUACGGUCCACUGGCGGCAACACCGGCCUCGUCUACUGCUCCCUGCCUGGUUUCGGGUGUCCCCGGUAUGGACGAGCCCCUCUUCCUGCCCCUGCCCUCCGCCAGCAACUUCGCCGCCAUCAUCGGCUCUGUCUCCGUCGCCAUGGCCCUCAUCGCCCGCCAGCGCACCGGCAGGGGCCAGCGCAUCGAGGUGCCUCUCCACAGCGCCAUGUUCGCUGCCAUGGGUCGCCAUCUCUCCAACUUUCACGACAUCAGUCCGCCCGACCUGUUCACCCUUCCCCGUAACGUCAUGUCCCAUCAGUACGAAUGCGCCGAUGGCCGCUACGUCCAGAACCAUGGUAUGUACCAGCGUUUCGCCAGCCAGUUCCUCCAGGCCGCCGGCCGCCCUGAGUGGAUAGAGGAUCUAGAGGACCUAUACGGCGCCGAUGUCAGCCCCGAUACCAUUGAGCUGUGGCGUGACCGGGUUACCAACCUGUUCCGGGAAAAGACCGCUAAGGAGUGGGAGGACGCCAUCGCCGAGACCGGCGGCGCCUGCACCGUCUGCAAGACCGUCGACGAGUGGCUAGUCCAUGAGCACGCCAUCGCUGGUGGCAUGGUUGUCGAGGUCGAUGACGCCGAGCACGGAACGAUGAAACAACCCGGCCCUCCAACUCGCCUCCGCGGUACUCCCGGCCCUGCUCCACGCCGCGCGCCAACACUCGGGGAACAUACUCAGUCGGCUCUCGCAGAAAUUCGGGCAGCGCCCCCCGGCCAGCGAUUCGACAGCCGUGAGGAGAUUCUGGCCGCACUCCAGGGCGUCCGCGUCCUUGACCUCUGCAUCGUGCUCGCCGGUCCCACUUGCGGCCGCACUCUCGGCGAGUUCGGCGCCGACGUCAUAAAGAUCGACGACCCCAGCCGGCCCUACGACUACGGCGGCAAUCUCGAUGUCAACCGGGGCAAGCGCAGCAUCCAGAUCGACCUCAAGAAGUCCGAGGGCAGAGACGUUUUCCGGAAGCUCCUCGAGACUGCAGACGUCGUAGUCGAAAACAACCGCAAGGGUGCCAUGGCCCGUAUGGGCAUCGGCUACGAUGAGGUCCGCAAACGCAAGCCCGACAUCGUUUACGCCUCGACCAACGCUUCGGCUACGACGGCCCCUGGGCCGAGCGCCCCGGCUGGGAGCAGCUCGCCCAGGCCACCACCGGCAUUCAGGUCCGCCGAGGCGGCCGCGAUGACGCCCCCCAGCUCCUGCCCUACCCCAUGA